AUGGGGGACCCCAAGGAGGCCGGGGCCGAGGCUCCGCCGCCCGGCGCCACGGCUCGCGGAGGACUCAGCCUCCUGUCCCAGGGCGAGUCCGAGGAACCCUCUGCACAGGGCUCGGCGCUGCUGCCGGGCGGCGCGGUGAAGAGCCGGGCGGUGGUGAAGUACUCCGCGGCGCCCCCCCGCGCGGCCUUUGCGCGCCUGGAGGAGAAAACCGACUUGAAACUGCCGCCCGCCAACUGGCUACGGGAGAGCGCCAAGCUGGGCCCCGCGGGCACCACCAUCCUGGGCACCGGUAGGAAGAGCAAGCCCUUUUCCAGCUUUGGGAUGGCGUACGACUUUAUUGAUUCCGUGGGGAACGAUGUGGACGUUGUCUCUGACUCUGAGAACAUAAAAAAGCUCCUGAAGAUCCCCUACAGCAAGUCCCACGUGAGCAUGGCAGUGCACCGCGUCGGGAGGACCCUCCUGCUGGACGAGCUGGACAUCCAGGAGCUCUUCAUGAGGUCCUCGCAGACUGGUGAUUGGACGUGGCUGAAAGAGUUUUAUCAGAGACUUAUUGACCAGAAGUGGCAGAGGAAGAAAAAGAGCAAAGAGCAUUGGUAUCAAAAGGCUAUUCUUUCCAAGUUUUUAUAUUACAGUAUCAAUGGCGAUGGGGCCGCGCAGCCUGUCCCGUCUGCUGCCGAACAGCAGGAGUCCUCCAGUUCAGACCAGACAGGUGACUCGGAUGGGGCAUCAUGGCCCGCGCCCUUCGAAAUGCCUUCUCCAGUUUCCGAAGAUCCCAGUGCUUCCAGUCAGGGAAGUGAGCCUCUCGAACCCUCAUACAUAGUGGGGCAUCUGGCCUCAGCCCCUAAAGAACAAAACCUGACUACUUUAUUCAAUGACGGGGAGAACAGUCAGGGUCUUAAAAAUGACUUUGUUCGGAAUAUUCUGUGGACGUUUGAAGACAUACAUAUGUUGGUUGGCUCCAACAUGCCUAUAUUUGGAGGAGGCAGAUACCCAGCAGUCAGCUUACGUCUCAGGGAUAACAACAAGCCAAUUAAUGUGCUAACUGGAAUUGACUAUUGGUUGGACAACUUGAUCUGUAAUGUUCCAGAGCUUGUGAUGUGUUUCCAUGUAAAUGGGAUUGUACAGAAGUAUGAAAUGAUAAAGACAGAAGAGAUUCCUAAUUUGGAAAACUCUAAUUUUUCUACUAAAGUCAUAAAAGACAUUGCACAGAAUAUUUUAUCCUUUCUGAAAUCUAAUUGCACCAAAGAAGGACAUACCUAUUGGCUCUUUAAAGCGAGUGGCAGCGACAUCGUGAAGCUGUAUGAUCUCACGACUCUUUGUGAAGAAACCGAAGACAAAUACCAAAACCCGUUCACCAUGCCCGUGGCGAUUCUCCUAUACAAGGUUGCCUGCAACAUGAUGAUGAAAAAGAACCAAAACAAGAAACACUACGGAACUAUCAGAACGCUGCUUCUCAACUGCGUUAAAUUGUUGGACAAAAGCAGACACCCUCAAAUUAUUGCUUCAGCCAAUUACAUGCUUUCAGAACUCUUUCAAUUGGAUGAACCUAAAAAAGAAGAAAGUGCAGAGUCUCCCUUAAAUGAGAAUUCUGAUGAGAGUUACAGUGAGGAGGAGGAGGAGAUGCCGGACAGCGAUGAAAAUGGGGCCUAUUGCACCAGCUCUGACCCUCCCGACGAUAACAAAGCCGUGGCCAUAAUCAAGUCUGUUGGAGAAUUAUCAGUUCCGGAGAAGUACAAAUCCAUCCAUCAGAUCAGACCCAGUUGUGCGUUUCCAGUUUGCCAUGACACGGAAGAACGCUGCAGACUUGUGCUUAGCUAUGUUCUGGAGGGCUUAAAGUCUGUGGACAGCAGCAUUAAGAAAGACAGCGACCUCCCUGCAGCUGACCCCAGCACCCCGAUCCCAUUGAAAUAUGAGGAUGAAUCUGCCAGGGGGGGUCCUGAGGGCCUGGAGAAGCAGAUGGCCUUGUUUUUGGACAAAAUGGGCUCCCUGCAGAAGGGCAAUUGUUCCAGCCAGUCCGGCAUGACCCCUGGCUCCUGGCAGCACAAGAUGAAGCUCCAGCUGAUCCUCAAGUCGUCCAAAGCCUAUUACGUGUUGUCGGACGCUGCCAUGAGCCUGCAGAAGUAUGGUCGCGCGCUGCGAUACAUCAAGUUAGCUCUGCAGAGCCACGACACUUACUGCUGCCUCUGCACCAACAUGCUCUCCGAAGUGCUGCUGUUCCUCUCGCAGUACCUGACGCUCUGCGGCGACAUCCAGCUGAUGUUGGCCCAGAACGCCAACAACCGUGCGGCUCACCUGGAGGAGUUUAACUACCAGACAAAGGAGGACCAGGAGAUCCUGCACAGCCUCCACCGCGAGUCCAGCUGUCAAGGAUUUGCAUGGGCAACUGAUUUGUCUACAGACUUGGAAAGUCAACUUUCAGUUAGUUGUAAAUGUUAUGAGGCUGCCAAUGAAAUCCUGCAGUUCAGUGACUUAAAAAGCCAAAAUCCAGACCACUAUGUACAAGUGCUGAAGAGAAUGGGUAACAUCAGGAACGAAAUUGGUGUGUUUUAUAUGAAUCAGGCUGCUGCGUUACAGAGUGAGAGAGUGGUGAGCAAAAGUGUGUCGACUGCAGAGCAACAAUUGUGGAAAAAAAGCUUUUCUUGCUUUGAGAAAGGAAUUCACAACUUCGAGUCCAUUGAUGAUGCUACAAAUGCUGCCCUCUUGUUAUGUAACACGGGAAGGCUCAUGCGGAUUUGUGCACAGGCGCACUGCGGUGCAGGAGACGAAUUUAAACGUGAAUUUUCACCAGAGGAAGGCUUGUAUUAUAACAAGGCCGUGGACUACUACCUGAAAGCGCUGCGGUCGCUGGGAACCCGGGACAGACACCCCGCCGUCUGGGACUCGGUGAACUGGGAGCUGUCCACCACCUACUUCACCAUGGCCACGCUGCAGCAGGACUAUGCCCCGCUGUCCCGGAAGGCGCAGGAGCAGAUUGAAAAGGAAGUCAGUGAGGCCAUGAUGAAGUCCCUGAAAUACUGCGACGUGGACUCGGCGUCUGCCCGCCAGCCCCUCUGUCAGUACCGAGCCGCCACCAUCCACCACAGGCUGGCGUCCAUGUACCACAGCUGCCUGAGGAACCAGGUCGGGGACGAGUACCUCAGGAAGCAGCACCGCGUGCUAGCCGACCUGCACUAUGGCCAAGCGGGGAGGCUCUUCCAGCUGCUCAAGGACACGCCCUGCGAGCUGCUGCGGGUGCAGCUGGAGCGGGUGGCCUUCGCCGAGUUCCAGAUGAGCGGUCAGAACAGCAACGUGGGGAAAUUGAAAACACUGUCUGGGGCUCUCGACAUCAUGGUGAGAACCAAGCAUGCGUUCCAGCUCAUCAGGAAGGAGCUCGUGGAGGAGCUGGACCAGCCUAAGAGCGAGGAGCCGACGCCCGUGGCUGACGCAGCUCCUGGUCUGAACAGAGAGGAGGUGCUUAAGCUGCUCAGCAUCUUCGAGUCCCGGCUGGCGUUCCUGCUCCUCCAGUCCAUCAAGCUGCUGUCUCCCACCAGGAAGAAGACCAGCGGGAACGUGGAAGAAGAUGUGGCCCUCAAAACCAAUAAGCACAUCUACUCGCAGCUUCUGAGAGCCACCGCCAACAAAAACACCAGCCUCCCGGAACGGAUCGACGUCCUCCUCCACCUGCUGGACCAGCUCGCGCGGGGCAGUGCCGUGCCGUGA